UUGAGAAACAGUCUUUCUAAAGACACUGAGGGAUCCAGUCACUGGAAAUGUGGACGUAACCUCAGUGGCCUCUGCAGGCUUCUAUAGCAUGUUGCUGGGUCAGGGGUUUGAACAAUGGAGCUGGGAAUUCUUUAGGUCUGGUCAGGUAUAAAAGAAAGGGUUAAACCAGGUAGGAAUCAGUUCAGGAGCAGCAACCAGCAGCACAGUGAGCAAACAUGUCCACCAGCAUGAACAUGGGCAGGAUUGUCUUCUACGAGGACAGGAACUUCCAGGGUCGUUCCUAUGAGUGCAGCAGCGACUGCGCUGACAUGUCCUCCUACCUGAGCAGGUGCCACUCCUGUAGGGUUCAGAGCGGCUGCUUCAUGGUCUACGACCGCAACAACUACAUGGGAAACCAGUACUUCAUGAGGAGGGGAGAGUACUCUGACUUCCAGAGUAUGAUGGGAAUGACUGAUAUCAGGUCUUGCCGCACGAUCCCCAUGCACAGAGGAUCCUACAGAAUGAGGAUCUACGAGAGAGAUAACUUCGGAGGUCAGAUGCACGAGAUGAUGGACGACUGUGACUCCAUCAUGGACCGUUACCGUAUGUCUGACUGCCAGUCCUGCAACGUGAUGGAUGGCCACUGGCUGAUGUACGAGCAGCCCCACUUCAGAGGCAGGAUGACUUACAUGAGGCCCGGAGAGUACAGGAACUUCAGGGAUAUGGGCAUGAGUGGCAUGAGGUUCAUGAGCAUGAGGCGUAUCACUGAUAUGUGCUAGAUAUGUUAUGUUGACCAAAUAAAAGUGAUUGAUAAUCCG